CUUCCUCUUCUGUCUCCUGAUCACACUUCUCGGUCGAAGACACUUCGCUGAAACCUCCCACCCGAAGGCAAGCCUGCUUCGCCUUCUUCGAUGGCCGCACACGACGCCCUCUUCUCCCUGUCAAAAAGCGAUCUUCGUGAAGGCGAAAUCGGAAAACGAACCUAGCGGCCAAGCCCUAGGAGAUAUCGAAGGUUUAGAGAGAGACUCUCAGCUCCGUAAGGAAUUGUUUUAAGAUAUACUUGAUAAUUAUCUCUUACUUCUUACCACUCAAAUAUUAUUAAGUAUGAUAUGUUACAAAUUUAGUAGAACAUACAGAAAUUGUGGGACAAAGGUAGAAAGACGAAGAUAAUAUUAUUUUUUGAGCAUUUAGAGUUUUCAUUUAUAUUUUCAAGUGGAUUUUGAGUUUUGAACAGCUGAUUAUUCUCAGGCUUCGGAUGAAUUAAAUGGUUAUAUUAAAUUAUUAAAGCAUUAAAUUAUUAACUUUUAAGUCAUCUAAUUAUUAUUUUUAAUUGGCUAAAGGGUCAAAUAGGUACAUGAACUAACUUAAAGUGUUCAAUUAGUCCCUAAUAUAAGAUGUUUUGCCCAGUCGUCGCCAAUUGGGGCGGUUCCCAAUUGAAUUUUUUGAUGAAAUUUUUUGAGCAUCUUCUUCAUUAAGUCUAGUUUACCCAUAUCAAAUUUCAGCUAAAAAUUAAAUCGGGAAGGCAGUCAAUUGAUUUUCUGAAAUGUACUGCGCUGUUUAACUGCGCAGUUAUCUUCAAAAAAUCAUUUGAUUGCCUUCCCGGUUGAAUUUUUAGCUGAAAUUUGGUAUGGGUAAACUAGACUUAAUGAAGAAGAUGCUCAAAACAUUUCAUCAAAAAAUUCUAUCGGGAACCGCCUCAAUUGGCGACGGUCGGGCAGAACCUCCAAUAUAAGGGGCUAAUUGAACACUUUAAGUUAGUUCAUGUACCUCCAUAAAGGGUUAACCCUUUAUCCUUUUUAAUUAAAGUCCACUCUAGCUUUUGACCAAAGAAGAAUAUAUACUGCGGGUAAAAAAAUUAUCGGAAGAAAGGAGUCAAAGGACUGUACAAGGAUGUCAAUGUUUUUGAAGCCGUUACCACUUACCAGACGGCUCCUUCAAUAAAAAAACGUGGAUUGAGCCGACGAGUCGUAAUCACCUGCAUGCAUGGCUGCACUCCACGCGUCGGUCGCUGUACCGGAAUCCAAAACCACAUCACAACUUCUCCUCCCUAUAAUUCACUUUCGAUUCCGCCGUAUAACGCAGAUCCCCUUCCCAGCUCUGUCAAAGCAGUCCCAAUCACAUUCAGUUAGUCCACGGCUGAGCUAGCGGCGUUUCGCACCUUGGUCUCAUACUCUCCCGGCGAUGAUUCAGGUUUAGUUCAAUAAGCUAAAUACUGGACCAAUCUAGUUCAGAUGCCAGACCCUGAGUUUCAUUCCAACUACAAAGAUGAUGUUUGAAAUGUCAAUUGAUGGCAAUUAUCACAAAUUCCCUACUUCAUUCACUUCAGGAGAUACUGACUACUUGGGAGACCCAGCUAGUUUUUUCGCAUGAAGUAUGUAUUUCCAUGAGACAGACAAGGACAUAAUUUUCUUUCCCGCUUUAAUAUCAAGUGGGUGGGUAUGUAUGCUAUCGGUCCAGCAAAGUGAUAAUUUUAGUGUAGUUGUGCAGAAAGGGAAGAAUGAAACCAUUUAUCCCAAGUAAUGCUGACUCUUCUUGCAGACAUAGGAGAAUCUGUAAGCCUAAUCGCAGGUAUAUUGACGAGUCAUCAGAUCUUAAUUCAACAAUUGUCAAAAGAAGGAAAGAUACUUCUACUUCUGUCUCAAGGAAUAAGUGUCAAAGUGUCAAAUAUAAUAAGAAACCAAAUCCAGAAUCUGUAGAAAUAAAGUCUAUUCCAAGGGAUACUUUUGAUGCUAUACAAGUACCCUUUGGUCCACUUGUACCCGAAGAAUGUGAUAAGAAGAUUGAUUCUGAUGUGGAAAUGAGGUUAACAGAGGUUUCUUGUCUUGGCCGCUAUGAGCAUGAAGGGAAGUAUGCAUCUGAUGUGAUGAAAGUGAAGUCAACAGAGAUUUCUUGUCUUGACCUCAAUGAGCAGCAUUAUAGGGACUAUGCAUCCAAGCAAGUAAAAUUGAAACGCUUAUCAUCUAUUGACACUGAUCUGUGUUCUAAGAAGCAUUCAACGGAUGUAAAGAGGGCAAAGAUGAACUAUUUAUCAUCUUUUGGCUCUGGAUUGUGUGAUAAGAAACAUGCAUCCCAUGUGAAGUUGGUAAAGCUAGACAACAUCUCUUUUAAAUCCCAAGAAUGUUUUAAGAGGCAUUCACCCAAUGUGAAUAAGGUGCUGAAUCUUCAUGAGGAUACACCAAUGGUUUCAACAAAAUAUGAUGGUGUAAUGACAGUGAUAUCUGAUGGGGAUAAUGCUCGGAGGAAGCACCACAGGCUUUGGACGACGUCAGAAGUCAGAAAGUUAGUUGAAGGUGUCUCACAGUGUGGAGUUGGAAAAUGGAGUCAAAUAAAGAGGCUCUACUUCUCGUCGUCCGACUAUAGGACACCCGUAGAUCUCAAGGACAAGUGGAGGAAUCUUUUGAAAGCAAGCCAUCUUCAGGAUCAGAGCAAGAAAGGGGACAAGGGAAAACAUAGCUUUUCUUGGCGCCCCUUACCAAAGUCCAUCCUGAACCGAGUUGAAGAACUGGCAGACAUUUAUCCAUAUCCAAGAAACUGGAAAUCCAAGUCUCAAGAAUGUGCGUCUAUGUAUAAAUCCUCUUCUCACAUUCUUUCAAACAAAUCUAUCUGAGCAACAUUUCGGUGACAACUGAAGGAUGC